UCAUCUGCUUGUUUCGAUUCUUACUCGAACAUCCAUGGCACACCAGCAACUUUCUUUGCGGUUCGCCGUCGUAAGUAGUGAAGAAGAUGACCGGGAGGAGGCCAUUGAUGAACUAAUUGCUUCACUUCCCAUAAGCAAAAGCCCGAUUCGUCCUGUCCAUAGCCUUUCCCAAAACUUUUGGUGCCCGAUCCUCGUGCUUCCUAACGUGAUCGCGUUCCGGUGGCACUUUGAAGCCAAGGAGAAGGACAUUCUCUUGGUCUCUAAUCCCAAAUCGGGGACCACCCGGCUUAAGGCCCUAGUGUUCUCCAUCGUCAACCGCUCCGGCUUCGACAUCUCCAAUACAUCCUUGCUCACUUCGAGCCCCCAUGACCUCGUUCCUUUCAUCGAGCUCCGGGAGUGUGUAAGCAACCUGAUGCCCGAACUUGACGUCCCCGCAGAGCAGAGGCGGCUCUUUUCAACGCACAUCCCUUACCCAUACUUGCCGGAGAGCGUCCGGCGGUCGGAUCGCCGGAUCAUUUACAUAUGCCGGAACCCAUUGGAUACCGUGGUUUCCUCUUGGCACUUCUUACUCGAGAUGGCACGGUCGGAGGACCAGCCAGGGUGGUCCUUGGAGGAGCAUUUCGAGACCUUUUGCCGAGGGGAAGUCUUGUUCGGGCCCUUUUGGGAUCACAUCACGGGGUACUGGAAAGAGUGCUUGGAGAGGCCACACAAGGUCUUGUUCCUCAAGUAUGAGGACCUGAAGGAGGAUACAAUAGGACAGCUGAAGAAGGUGGCCGAGUUCGUAGGGCUUCCCUUCGCCGAGGAGGAAGAGGAGGGAGGUGUCAUUGAAGAGAUAACCAAAAUGUGUAGCUUGAACACCCUCAAGAACCUAGAGGUCAACAGAUCCGGCAAAUUAUCCCCGGCUAAUACCGUGGUGGAGAAGAGAAGCUUUUUUAGGAAAGGGGAGGUGGGUGAUUGGGUAGACCAUCUCACUCCUUCCAUGGUGGAUCACCUCAAUAGCAUCAUGCAGGAGAAGAUGAGCCCCUUUGGGUUACAGUUCAAAACAUGUUGAGCGUUAAUCACUUUCACUUUCUCCGUGUGCGUGUCAUUAGAAA